AGGUCAUUGGAUUGCACAAAGUAUUAAAUUUCACCUUUCAUUUUUCUUUUUUCCCUCUCUUAUUACUACAUAAUUGUUUUUUUUCCCUGUAUGUGUUCCUCACUUCACUCAUCAACAUUAAAUCCAAUCUAAAAAUUUUAAAUGGAAGGAAUAAUUCAAUUCUUCUCAUCUUCCAUUCUCCAUAAACAUAUUUCAUUUUUACCAUGAUAAACAUUAUAUAAUAGUAUAUGUCAAAAUUGUGAUGUCAUACAUAAAAAGUAGCAGUGGUUAAACAUGUUUAGUAUAUAGUUACAUAUUCCUUUUUUUUUUUCAUAAAGGUAGUGUAUCUCUUUUUUAGUAGAUUCUUAGUAGUUUUUUUUUUUCCUUUUUUGUUUAGUGGGUUGUGUUAAAAAUAGGAAGUUAAUGGGGAAUGUUAAUGGAAGGGAAGAGAUUAGUGGGAAUAGUCAAUCUGGUGUUGAUGGUGUUGGUGUUGGUGUUGGUGGGGUUCAAGAAAGUAUGGAUGGUAGAGAUGGUGAGUUAAUGGGUCAAUCUCCACCUUCAAGUCCUAGAGCUUCUCAUUCUCCAUUCAUGUUUAGACCUCAGAUGCCAGUGGUCCCUUUACAAAGACCCGAGGAGUUGCAUAUCCCAAACCCUUCGUGGAUGCAAACUACCUCAGGGUACGAAGACUUGAAUGAUGAGCAAGGAGUCCCGACACUGAUAUCAUGGACCUAUGAUGGCAAAGAAGUUGCCGUGGAGGGAUCAUGGGAUAAUUGGAAAUCAAGGAACCCCUUACAAAGAUCUGGGAAAGAUUUCACCAUUUUGAAGGUGCUUCCUUCUGGCGUUUACCAGUAUAGGUUUAUAGUUGAUGGAAAAUGGAGGUGUUCCCCAGACUUGCCAUGCAUCCAGGAUGAAGCGGGGAAUACUUACAAUAUUUUGGACGUGAAGGAUUACGUUCCAGAAGAUAUCGAAAGCAUUUCUUGUUUCGAACCUCCUCUAUCGCCAGAUUCCAGCUACAGUAACAUGCAACUUGGAGCCGAGGACUACGCCAAGGAGCCACCUCUAGUUCCGCCUCAUCUACAGAUGACUUUGCUUAACGCUCCAUCAUCUCACAUGGAAGUUCCACCUCCUUUAUCGCGACCUCAACACGUGGUACUAAACCACCUCUACAUGCAGAAGGGAAGAAGCUCCCCAUCCGUCGUAGCACUUGGUUCAACUAAUCGAUUCCUCUCCAAAUACGUCACCGUGGUUCUUUACAAGUCCAUACAGAGGUGAACGUUCCCAAACACCCGUCUUGCCACUCAAGAAAAAGCAGCAGAGGAAUGCGUCGACAUCAAAUUCUCUUCUGUCGAUCUACCUGUAAUCCAUCACUUAUCGGCUCUUAUUAUUCGCAGUUGCAACAGAUAAUGUCACGCGAAAAAUAAGCGAUCGAAAGAGAGAAACUGUGCUUGUUCUACUUUGGAGGAGUCUCAACGUUGUGCUGGAAUAUCUAUAGUUUGAUAGAUAGAUAUAGGAUAGGAUGUUUCAGCUUUUAAUGGAAUCCAUGAACCAUCAUUUUGGCUUUAGUUUUAUAUUUGAAUGAUAAUCAGAGGAGAAGUUUUUACGUGUAUACAUCGAAUCGAAGUUCAGUUUUUACGAUUAAACAUUCCAAACGAA